CAAAAAUGACAUUUUAUAUUCGGAAGAUAGGCUAUGAGUAGGUUUCAAUAAUGCAGAAAAUUAUAAACAUGCUCCACUUUUUUCUCUCAUACACAAUUCUUCAUCUCAGACUAUUAAAUUGAAUAAAUCAAAGUAAAAUACAGACAUGAUUCAACAAAGAGAAAAGUAUUUUGUUGUUAAUAUUUUCUUUUCAAUUAAUCAUCUGUUUUAGUUACUUUAACCGAUUAUAAAUACAAACCAUUGUGCACGGUACCAACACAACUCAACCCAUAUCCCCUUAACAAAUGCACAAGAUGAGAUUCCUACUAGCAGCUGCAUGCCUUGUUCUCGCAAGUUGCCUCAACGUCCGAGUUAUAGAGGGCCGUCCGGGAGACAUCGAAUUCUCUACUCAGGAUGCCACCGACGACUCAUACCAGAACUUUAUUAGUGCACUGCGCGGCCUACUGACGAGGGGAACGACCACGGUACAUGAUAUAUCAGUGCUGAAUUCGAAACCAUUCAUUUUGGUUGAUCUUUCAAACCGUAUUGGAAGCACCAUCAUCCUAGCAAUAGACAAGGAGAAUACCAAUGUGGUGGCUUAUGUUGCGGGCGACAAAUCCUACUUUCUCAAAGACGCUCCGGUUGCAGCUCUCAACACUUUAUUCCCUCCCACAACGAGCUUUUAUCUUCCAUUUACUUCUAGCUAUACUGACCUCGAGAAAGCUGGUCGUAAAUCCAGGUGGGAAAUCCCUCUAGGACUCACUCCCCUGGACAAUGCCAUCACCACGUUGUGGGAGGGAGGUGAUUCCAAAGCCGCGCAGUCCCUUCUGGUGGCCACACAGAUAGUUUUAGAAGCAGCGAAGUCCAUAAUAGUUGAGCAACGUGUCCGGGAUAGCAUACAAGACAAAGGUGACUUCUUGCCGGACGCUGGAAUCCUAGCCAACAGGGAAUUCUAGACGGCAGUGGCUGUCCUUUGGGUGGAUGCCAUGCAUGCUCCUACAUCUAAGUAUGUAUAUCUAUGUUAUUAGGUACUUUGUCCUCAACGUAACCACACAUAAGGUACUUCUAUAGCAUGUUUGGAUAACAAGCUUUUGUAAAAAGAACCAAAAUAAGUGUGCAAUUAUGUAACAACUAUGCUUAUUCCAAGAAUCAAGAGGACAAGGGACUUGAUUUUGCUUUCAGAUUUUAGU